AUGACAACGAAGACAGCUGCACGCCCCAAGCGCCCCGCCAUGCAAAUCUACGUUCCGCCCAAGUUACGCACAGCACUAGAACGUAAGAGUUCGUGUGAACGCUUAUCUGAGCCAGUCACUGCUAACGGAGACCUCUAUGCCGAAACCAAAGAUGUACAAGAGACCAAGUCCCCCCAGGCGGACCAACACAAGCUCCCCGCAAUGCAGCCUCAGUUACGUACAGCACAGGAACGUCAGAAUUCGUGUGAACGUUUAUCUGAGGCAGCCCCAGUGAAUAGAGACCUCCACGCCGAGACCGGGGAUGUACAGGAGACCAAGUCCCCCCAGGCAGACCAACACAAGCGUCCUGCCAUGCAAGUCUUCCUCCCGCCUCAGUUACGUAUAGCACAAGAACAUCAGAGUUCGUGUGAAAACUUAUCUGAGCCAGCCUUGGUGAACGGAGAUCUCCUUGCCGAGACCAAGGAUCUGCAAGAACCCAAGUUACCACAAACAGAUGAACACAAGCGCCUCGCCAUACAUGUCCCCCUCCAGUCUCAGUUACCUACAGAAAAGGAACGUCAGAAUUCGAGUGAACGCUUAUCUGAGCCAGCUCCUGUGAACGGAGACCUCCACGCCGAGUCCAAGGAUGUACAGGAGACCAAGUCGCCCCAGGCAGAGCAACACAAGCGCCCCGCCGUAAGAACCUAUGUUCCACCCCAGUUACGUACAGCACAGGCACGACCAAGUUCCAGUGAUGACUCAUCCACCUCGGCUCAACCUGCUCAAACAGAGCCAUCAUUCAAGUCCCUAAAGAUCAAACAAAAAUCGAAAGAAGCAGUAGCAGUGGCCGAAGCGGACAAAUUGGCGCAAAAGUUGGGAACAGUUUCGGUCUCAAAGGCAACCUCUUCGGAGUCCGCACCUGCGCCUCUUAUAAGUGGCUUUGAAGACAACGGCCUGCUAGUUAUGGAGUCGUGGGAGAAACCUGCAGUGGUGAAGGUGCCUCUCGGUGUUGCCUCAAGUAAAGUUCUGCUCCCGGAACCCACUCUCAACUACGGUGAACUGCAGCACAUUAUUGAACUCUACGGCUUUCCCCCAACCCUUGAAUCUUCGCAUCUUCAGACAGAAUUGCGUGGCUUUGAGGACAGCGGUUUCGUUCUCAAGUGGGUCGACGAUUCCCAUUGUCUGGCUGUGUUCUCAUCCCCUACCGAAGCGACAACCGCACUGACACAAAUCUCAGGUAUACUCAUUAAGGUGGGUACUCCGCUAAGAUGA